AACCAGAUCCUGGGGGGAUUACAUUUCAUAGGUUUCCCAAAGAAAUCCACCUCAGGAAUCAGUUGGAGGUAGCCCAUAGACGGGAAGGUUUCAGCGCCAAUGACACAUCCAGGCUCAGCAGUGAGGACUUCAGACAGGAGGAUUUUGAUUGCACAGGUCAGACUAUGAGAAUCAGAAAUGGAGCUCUUCCUUCUGUGUUCAGGUUUCCAACUCAUCUCCAAAGGCCAGUGGCAACCAGGACCACACUGACUUCAGUGAGUGUACAGGAGAGACUAUCAGUAGACUGUUCUUUGCCUGUCCAAGAGACUGAAGCUCUGCCUGAUCCCAGUGUUGACCACUCCUACACGCUGCCUACAUCUCUUGAAAAUCUAAGGGCUAGACUCAAUGAAACCUUGUCUAGGGUGGAGAGCAUGGAGAGAGAGAAGAAAAAUGCUAAGGAUCGAGAAAGGAGAGUAAAGAACACAGUGCUUGGUCUUCUGCAAAAUUUGAGGGAGAACAACCUCAUUAAUGAAGAGCAGAAGAAGAGGCUAGAUUUAUAUUCAGGUAAAAUAGAAAUAAAACACAAAAUAUGGAGAAAAUGGUAUGUACUUAAGUGUAAAAUUCCUUAAAACAUCCUAAUUAUUAUUUCAAGGGGACUUUCUAAUUUGUCUUUGCUAACUGAAUUUUAGAUCUUCCAAUGCAUCUCCUGUCAAAACAUAGCCAUGAGUAUACAAAAGACCAGAAAGAGUUUGCCCUCAGCCUCCACCUACAUGGUCCCAAAGCCUACAAUUAUCUGAGAGAGUCUCUCCAUCUUAAUCUCCCACAUCCACAUACAUUGCAAAGGUAUUCAUCCAUUUGAAGUGUUCUUUCUAAGCUUUUAUUUGUAUCCCUUAAU